CCACUGUUACAGAAAAAGCACAGUCAGUACUCCUCUCUUUAAAAUUUUACACUUGAAACGCUGUCGUAUCUUACCGACCUUCACGAUCUCCGGCGGUAACUAAAACGGCACAAUUUCGCCGUCUUUUGUGGUUAAAAUUUUCACAAAGACGGUGAAGUUUUUUUUUUCUUUUCUUUUCUUUCUUUGAUAUGUUUGUCUCUUCUCUUCUCCCGAGACACUUCAUCUAAAAAAAACUCCCCCCACUGUUUUCUUGUUUUGUUCUCUCUCGAUUUCGCGAGAAAAACACCAGCUCAAAAUUACGCUUGGCUCGAGACUCUGAAGAUCAUCGGGUUCUGUUUUUUUUUUUCUUUUUUUGUAGAUAUUUUGGGAAAGCUUUUGGGUCGAGAGGAGAGGAUCUCAUCGUUUGUCUGUGUGAGAAAGUAGUGGUGGUUUUAGCUUUUUAGGUUUUUGUUUGUGUGUGUUCGUGUCGUGUGAUGUUAAUUGCUGUUUGUGUCGAAGAAGAGGAAGUAAGAAUUAGCUCAAAAUGUAUUUCACUAAGCUUGAUGACUCUCCCAUGUUCCGCAAACAGUUACAAAGCAUGGAGGAGAGUGCGGAAAUAUUGCGGGAAAGAAGUCUCAAGUUUUACAAAGGAUGCCGGAAAUACACUGAAGGACUAGGUGAGGCAUACGAUGGGGACAUUGCUUUCGCAAGUGCACUGGAAACAUUUGGUGGAGGCCAUAAUGAUCCAAUAAGUGUUGCUUUUGGAGGACCUGUAAUGACAAAAUUUACAAUUGCGUUGAGGGAAAUUGGGACUUAUAAAGAAGUUCUUCGGUCACAGGUGGAACAUAUACUGAAUGACAGAUUACUUCAAUUUGCCAAUAUGGAUUUGCAUGAAGUUAAGGAAGCUCGGAAGCGCUUUGAUAAGGCUAGCCUUACCUACGAUCAGGCCCGUGAGAAGUUUUUAUCUUUGAGGAAAGGUACAAAAAGUGAUGUUGCUGCUGCUUUAGAACAGGAACUUCACACUUCGAGGUCUAUGUUUGAGCAAGCUCGGUUCAACCUUGUGACUGCUCUUUCAAAUGUUGAAGCUAAGAAAAGGUUUGAAUUUUUGGAAGCAGUCAGCGGAACGAUGGAUGCACAUCUUCGGUACUUCAAACAGGGUUACGAAUUACUGCAUCAGAUGGAACCAUAUAUCAAUCAGGUCUUGACCUAUGCACAACAAUCCAGAGAAAGAUCAAAUUAUGAACAAGCAGCACUUAAUGAAAAGAUGCAGGAGUACAAAAGACAGGUUGAUCGAGAGAGCAGGUGGGGUUCAAAUGGUUCUAAUGGAUCACCAAAUGGAGAUGGCAUACAAGCGAUCGGUAGAAGCUCUCACAAAAUGAUAGACGCCGUAAUGCAAUCUGCUGCAAGGGGGAAGGUUCAAACAAUAAGGCAAGGUUAUCUCUCUAAACGAUCUUCAAACCUGAGAGGAGACUGGAAAAGAAGGUUUUUUGUUCUUGACAGCCGGGGAAUGCUGUAUUAUUACCGAAAACAGUGUAGCAAACCAUCUGGGUCUGGCAGUCAGCUUUCUGGACAGAGAAAUAGCUCCGAGCUUGGGUCUGGACUUCUUAGUAGGUGGCUUUCUUCGAAUAGUCAUGGACAUGGUGGUGUCCAUGAUGAGAAGUCUGUAGCUCGUCAUACAGUGAACUUACUCACCUCAACAAUUAAAGUCGACGCUGAUCAAUCCGAUCUGAGGUUUUGCUUUAGGAUCAUUUCACCUACAAAAAACUACACGUUGCAGGCUGAGAGUGCACUCGAUCAAAUGGAUUGGAUAGAAAAGAUUACAGGGGUUAUUGCAUCACUACUUAGUUCUCAGGUCCCUGAACAGCGUCUUCCUGGUAGUCCCAUGGGAAGUGGUCACCAUCGAUCUGCUAGUGAAAGUAGCUCAUAUGAAAGUUCUGAAUAUGAUCAUCCUACCACUGAAGAAUUCGUAUGUGAGAGGAGCUUUUUGGGGUACCAUGAAAGGCCAUCAAGAAGUUUUCAGCCGCAACGGUCCAUUAGGAAGGGUGAGAAGCCCAUUGAUGCUCUGCGAAAAGUCUGUGGGAAUGACAAAUGUGCGGAUUGUGGAGCUCCAGAACCAGAUUGGGCUUCUUUAAAUUUGGGGGUUCUUGUCUGUAUUGAAUGUUCUGGUGUUCACCGUAAUCUUGGUGUGCAUAUAUCUAAGGUUAGGUCACUCACUCUCGACGUGAAAGUAUGGGAGCCAUCUGUUAUAAGUUUGUUCCAAGCUCUUGGAAAUACUUUUGCAAACACAGUUUGGGAGGAAUUGCUUCAUUCAAGGAGCGCCUUCCAUGUUGACCCAGGCUUAACUGGGUCUGAUAAAUCCAGGGUGAUGGUCACUGGAAAGCCCAGCUAUGCUGAUAUGAUAUCUAUCAAGGAAAAGUAUAUACAAGCUAAGUAUGCGGAGAAGCUAUUUGUUCGGAGAUCAAGAGACUGUGAUUUCCCACAAUCAGUUGCACAACAAAUGUGGGACGCAGUGAGUGGCAAUGAUAAAAAAGCUGUUUACCGGCUUAUUGUCAAUGGUGAUGCGGAUGUGAAUUCUGUGUAUGACCAAUCAUCAUCCAGCUCUUCAUUAACACUAUCCAGAGUAAUAUUAGUACCAGAAAGGCCAAAACGUGAGGAUGUUCUACUCAGAUUAAGAAAUGAGUUACUUGAUAGAACAGGUAGUUCUUCAAAUAUUUCUCCUGAGGGAAGCGGAGGUUCCUCUCUGCUUCACUGUGCUUGUGAGAAGGCAGAUAUUGGGAUGGUAGAGCUUUUGCUGCAAUAUGGUGCAAAUGUAAAUGCCUCAGAUUCAAGUGGUCAAACGCCGCUGCACUGUUGUCUACUCAGAGGCAAAGCGACAAUAGCAAGAUUGCUACUCACUAGGGGAGCAGACCCGGAAGCUAUGAACGGAGAAGGCAAAACCGCCCUUGAUAUCGCUGCAGAGUCGAAAUUUACUGAUCCCGAAGUCCUUGCUCUCCUUUCAGACCCAAACGGAUACAAUAACAGACAGUGCUGAAAAAAAGUUACAGAGGCCGCGGACAUAUAAAUUUGGGAGCUAUGUUUCAUCGUUGCUUUCACGGUUUGAAGAGCCAAUCAACACUAAAGGACCUCUACUCUAAUGGUCUCGAGCAAGCUUAGCCCCCAAUUAAGUAAUGUAUUUGAUGUUUUUGUGAUGGAUGGAUAUAGGCUGCAUAUUGGGAAAUUUAUAGUGUAUUGUGUUGUGUCGUGUUGUGUGUAUGUGGGACUAUAGCAUCCUAAGUUUGUCAUGUCAUUUGUAACUUGUAAGCAAUUAUUCAAGGUUUUGUUCACUUCGUUACUAGCUAUUAAAUUUGUGGCUUGAUUUUGGUUUUGAA